UCGAUUUAGCUGCUGCGUCUAUCUGUUUGCCCUAACCUCAGAUAAACGCAUGAACGGUGCGCGUGUGAAACAGCUUAGGAUAUUACAAUUUCACGUUGAAAAAAGGAAAUGAGCGAUGCCGAACUACAGGAGGAGGAAAGAGAAGUACUACUUUCGAUAUACGAUGGAGAUUCGGCUUUUAAACAGUUGACACCUACCACUUUUCAGUAUAAGUUUGGAGAGGACAAUGAUGCCAAAUCAUUUCUGUUGGAGAUCUCAUGGGGCACAACCUAUCCGUCAGAGAAGCCUAUUAUUAAUAUGAAUACCUUUUAUAACAAACACAUUGUGCAAGAUGUAAAAGACAAAGUGGCGAAGCUUGUAGAAGAAGAGGCAGAGCAAUGGCUGGGAAGUGCUAUGACAUACACAUUGUUCCAGUCUGUCCAAGAACAUUAUGCUGAAUUGGUCUCUGAGCAACCAGAGGCUGUAGUUGAUAUCAAUACACAAACUAGCCAGCUUAAAAUAACCGAUGAUAGUCAACAGGGUGAAGAAACAACAAAAAAACCAAAGAAGGAACACUUGACUAAAGCUCAGAAACGUAGACAGUGGAACAAAACAGAUGGAAAGGGAGAAAAACCACGCGGAUGGGACUGGGUGGACAUAGUGAAACACUUAUCACAGACUGGCCCCAAACAAGAACAAGAGUCUUAGUUCAGCUGCUUUGAAAUAUUUGUACAGGUUAAAGGCGUGUUAUAUUUUUAUAAAUUAUCGGAAAUAAACUGAUUUCCAUAUCGAU